AUCAAUGUACCACGACGUCGAACUCCGAAUUCAAAGAAUUUAACGAUGUUCUUUUGCUUACAGUGGACAACACGGAGUUUAACGAAGCGCAAAAAAUAUUAGAAAAUGUCAAAAUUCCCAGCAAGAAAGACGAAAGUGAGAAGAACCGUUGCUUUGGAGAAAUCGGUAGAAAUAAAGUUACGCUCUUGAAUGUUACAAACUUCGACAAGACCGGCGCUUCGUCAGCUCAUGACGUUCUGGUUUAUGAAACAAUCCAAGAACUUAAACCGAAAGCUAUUGUUAGUCUGGGAGUUUGCGAUGGUGUAAGGAAAGAAGCACAUUUCCUUGGUGAUGUCGUGGUGUCAUCACAAGUUUACUUUCUUGAACAACAGGAUGACGGUUUGUCGAAUUUUGAUCGUACACCGUAUGACUGCAAUUUGGGAUUGGUGCAUUUGUUCGAUCAUGGGAAAUUUGCGUGGGUUGGUCCUUGUGAAAAUGUGGUAGUUCCAAAAGUCCAUAUUGGUCUGUUUACGACAGGUUUACAAGAUGGCGACAACAAAAAGAGAGAUUCGCACAAAGCCGGAACCAUUGGAGUAGACACAGCGUCAAAAAGUAGGUUUACUAAUGCGAGCGAUCGGAAUAAUUUCCUCGUAAAACUGGAAAAAUAAACAAAAACUGUUUGCUAAAUUUAAUCUUGUCAUUUAUCAAAAUUUAAUGCGUGGAGAAAAUGGUUGUGCAGUUUGUGCAGUAAGAAUAAUUAAAUAGACAGGGUCUAAUGAAAAGACACAACCAAUUUCAUAACUAAUAUCAUUUUAGUCAAUUUAUUCAUUUCAUCUUGGUAAAAACACUGCCGAUUAAAGAUUAAUUCGGAUGAAUACGAGCCCGCGUCCAUUUCGCACGGUCACGUGAGUGCAGAAAUUUUAAACACAAAAUCUGAAUAAACAACGCGAAAAUUAAUAUUGUUUGAGUUCAGCCUAGUCCCAGUCGUUCUGAAGGAAACACGAGAAUUAAAUCGCGGAUAUAGUAUGAGACUGGGACCUAAGGUGCAACACACCCAGGCAUAAAACUUUAAUAGAGUAAAACUUAUUUAUAAAACAUAUCAAAGCAGCGUUCAGCGUGAGAGCCUGGGACUAGGCUGGUUUGAGUUCUUAUUUAUGCUCAAAUACAGAAGACAUGGAACGGUAAUAAAGAUUAUUUGCAGUUUUUAUAGGUAUGAAUUGAAAAUUAAUGUCAGAAAUUACUCUCAAAAUUGAAAUUACUUUCGUUCAACGCACUCGCGGUAUUAUAAAUAUUUCGCCAAACACGCGUUAUUUACACUAUUCAAAAACACAUUUUCAAAUAUUCAAGAUGCCAGUGCCUAGACAGGGAACGAAUCUUCAAGUAUCUGAUGACCAAGGCUCUAACCAGAGGCUCGUGGAGAGCUAAAGCUCGUCAGAAAGUUAACAGAAACUUGUCUCCUUAUCGGGCUAACGCUCUCGUAUGUAAGACAUGAAAGCCUUCGAGUUCCAAUCUUUCCCUAGAAAAGUCAAGGAUUAUAACCUCAAUUUUAUCGUUUUAAGGUGUAUAUGCAACUUGUCAGAACUCCGGAGUACCGUGGCUGUCCUGUAAAUCUAUUGCAAAAUGGGCAAAUGAUGAAUGUCAAAAUUUGACUUGGUGCCAAUUUGGUGCGGCAGUUUCAGCUUCUUACGUUCAACACGUGCUGAAGAGAUUUUAUAUUCCAGACGAAGUUCAAGGUAUGUACACGGUCACCAAAUUUUUCAGUAGAGAAUAAUAUACGCAAAAACACCCUGAGUAAAAGUUUCCUUGCAGUUAGUUUAAAAUUAACUCUGCUUGAGUUCACGUAAUGUUCCUGGAUGAACUCCCUGUUCAAUUUAACCACGGUCCACGUUAAUUUGAUCACUAUUGUUGCUAACUUAACCAAGACUCCUGGCUCAUUUAACAAGGUUCUUUGGUUUAAUUAACCGGAUCAUGUUAGGCUAAGUGGAUUCCUAACACAUGUUUAAUACAUGCAAGCAUAUAACCUGGUAGAAUCAACUAGCGACCCAGGUUAACCAGGGUGUUUUUAGAAUGUACAUGGAUGUGUGGAAAUAUGAAAUUGAUUCGGAGUGUUGACCAGAAUAGCUUUGUCAACACGAGAAAUAAAUUUUGUAUUUCCGAGCGUCCAU